GCUGUCUGAAACAAGUCGGAUUGAGUGGCUGGUAGGAGGUUGCGCAGGCGCAGAAACCCCUGGCCGCGCCGGCUGAGACGGAUUCAGAGCGGGAUGCGGUGACGCCCCUAAAUGACCAUGGCAGCGGGCGACGAGCUGGCCUUUCAUGAGUUUGAAGAAGCCACUAAUCUGCUGGCAGAGACCCCAGAUGUGGCUACCACCAGAAGUGAUCAGCAGACCCCAAAGGGGCAUGUAGCUGUGGCUGUGGGCUCAGAUGGAAGCUAUGGUGCAGAGGACGAGGUGGAAGAGAGUGACAAGACCAUGCUUCUACAGGAGGAGAAGCAGCAGCCAGGAUUCUGGACCUUCGGCUACUAUCAGAGCUUCUUUGAUGUGGACACUGCACAGGUCCUGGACCGGAUUAAAGGGUCGCUGCUGCCCCGGCCUGGCCACAGUUUUGUACGGCACCAUCUUCGGAAUCGCCCAGACCUGUAUGGCCCCUUCUGGAUCUGCGCCACACUGGCCUUUGUUCUGGCCAUCACCGGCAACCUGACGGUGGUGCUGGCCCACAGGAGGGAUGCCUCCAUUCACUACAGCCCCCAGUUCCACAAGGUGACUGUGGCCGGCAUCACCAUCUACUGCUACGCCUGGCUGGUACCUCUGGCACUGUGGGCCUUCCUGCAGUGGCGCAAGGGUGUCCGGGAGCGCAUGGGGCCUUACACCUUUCUGGAGACCGUGUGUGUCUACGGCUACUCCCUCUUUAUCUUCAUCCCCACUGUGGUCCUGUGGCUGAUCCCUGUCCCGUGGCUGCAGUGGCUCUUCGGGGUGCUGGCUCUGGCCCUGUCAGCUGCUGGCCUGGUGUUCACCCUUUGGCCCAUUGUCCGAGAGGACACCAGGUUGGUGGCCUCUGUGCUGCUAUCUGUUGUCGUGCUACUCCAUGCCCUCCUGGCCCUGGGCUGUAAGUUUUACUUUUUCCAGCCACUGCCCCUGGAGCACGUGACACCUCCAGCCCAGGCCACAGCUCUGCCCUCGGAUGUACCCCAGACACCCACCCCGCAAAGACACAUGACAGCCUAAGACCCGAGCCUGCAGGAGUUUCUCUUUCAGGUCCAACAUGAGGGGACACCUCUGCCUGCCCUGCCCCCAGAUGAUGACUGAAAGGUCCCUUGACAUCUUGAGAUCACUCUGCUACUUUCCAGACUUUUCUUACAAAGCAAACACUUUUAUUUUCUAUGCAAAGGUGAUUCAGAGAAUUUAUAUAAAGGCGGGAGAAAGGUGGCUGAGCAAGGCGCUUCCAGUGCAGCUGUUGCCCUGUGGGCUACCCCCCAGGCCUUUCUUCUUCCCCAAGGGUCGGGCAGUAGAGCAGAGGGUCACUCCAGCCUCAGCUGUGCCCACCCUUCCCGGAGCAUCCAGUUGGCAGGGCCUUGGGCCUAGCUUCGGCUCCACCACAUCCGAGUGGGGGGCGGGGGGGGGGGGUUGGUAUUAGAAAUGGGGGGAGCAGAACUAGAAGAAAAUUGCCUGUGCUGAAACACUUUUCCUUGUUUAUUUUUUCCUUUUUUUUUUUUGAGGGAAAGUUCCCUGCAGGGCCCUUUCCCAGGCUGGGAAGAGACCAAAAUGCCAUCAUCAUAGUAGGGACUGGAGCAUCUACAAAUACUGAGGGAAAUACACAGGCCUAAUGGUAGCUACAAGGAAAAAGGAUGCCUUCCAUGACAGUUCCUUGAGGUUUCUGUGUCUGCCCCCAUUGGCUGACAAGUGACCCUCCUCCUACCGGCCCACCAGCCUCCUCUUCUAGCUCUUGGGGGGGGGGGGGGGGGUGGAACCCAGAGGGACUCAGGGACAGGACAGCAGCAAGAGGCAGGGGCCAGAGGGAGGGCCUUCCCAACAGCUGGGGUAGGUUGUACAUUCAAGUGUGAGGUGAACCCAUUUGCGGGAGGGGCCAUGGGGUUGCCCAGGCCUGACCCCGCCCUGUCCUGACGACCUGGCAGGGCCACCCCUCAUCACUGAGCCUCUGAGUUGGGAAAAAGGGCUGCUGGCUCGGCCCGGCCGGCCUGGUGUCUCAGAGGGUCUGUGGAUUGACACUGGUUCUUUUUGUAAAAAAAUAAAAUUAAAAAAAGCA